GGCGGGCCAAGAUGGCGGCGUCCUGCGUGGCGCUGCUGGCUGUGUGCGUGCUGCUGCUGCUGCUGCCGCUGCUGCUGCUGGGCGCGUGGAAGCGCGGGCAGCGGGGGCGCGCGGCCCGGCACGUGGUGGUCGUGGUGCUGGGUGACGUGGGCCGCAGCCCCCGCAUGCAGUACCACGCGCUGUCGUUGGCCAGGCACGGCUUCUCCGUGAGCCUCCUGGGCUUCUGCAACUCCAAACCCCAUAAUGAGCUCUUGCAGAAUGACAGAAUUCAGAUUGUGAGGCUGGCAGAACUUCAAUGCCUUGCAGUUGGGCCCCGAAUUCUCCAGUAUGGGGUCAAAGUUGUAUUUCAAGCAGUGUACUUGCUGUGGAAACUGAUGUGGAGCGAGCCAGCGGCCUACAUCUUUCUCCAGAACCCCCCGGGCCUGCCUGGCAUUGCUGUCUGCUGGCUUGUGAGCUGCCUUUGCGGGAGCAGGCUGGUCACUGACUGGCACAAUUAUGGCUACUCCAUCAUGGGCCUGGUGCAUGGCCCCCAGCACCCUCUUGUUCUGCUGGCCAAGUGGUAUGAGAAGCUCUUUGGGCGCCUGUCCCACCUGAACCUGUGUGUCACCAAUGCAAUGCGGGAAGACCUAGCAGAGAACUGGCACGUCAGGGCUGUGACCGUCUAUGACAGGCCGGCAUCUUUCUUUAAGGAGACACCCCUGGACGUGCAACACACGCUCUUCAUGAAGCUGGGCCGCACGCACUCCCCUUUCCGGACGUGCUCAGAACCCUUGGAUCCAGCCAUAGAGAGAUCGGCCUUCACGGAGAGGGAUGCUCGGAGUGGGGUGGUGACACGUCUUUUUGGUCGGCCAGCGCUGCUGGUCAGCAGCACGAGUUGGACAGAAGAUGAGGACUUCUCCAUCCUGCUGGCGGCAUUAGAAAAGUUUGAACAACUGACCCUCAGUGGGGACAGCCUUCCUUCCCUAGUCUGUGUGAUAACAGGCAAGGGGCCCCUGAAGGAGCACUACAGCCGCCUCAUUGACAGCAAGUGCUUCCAGCACGUCCAGGUCUGCACGCCGUGGCUGGAGGCUGAGGACUAUCCCCUGCUGCUAGGCUCAGCAGACCUGGGUGUCUGUCUGCACAAGUCCUCCAGUGGCCUGGACCUGCCCAUGAAGGUGGUGGACAUGUUUGGGUGCUGCUUGCCUGUGUGUGCCGUAAACUUCAAGUGUCUACAUGAGCUUGUGAGGCACGGAGAAAAUGGCCUGGUUUUCCAGGACUCAGAGGAACUGGCGGCUCAGCUGCAGAUGCUUUUCUCAAAGUUCCCUGACCCUGUGGGCAAACUGAACCAGUUCCGGGAGAACCUCCAGGGGGCAGAGCAGCUUCGGUGGGACGAGAGCUGGCAGCGGACUGUGCUCCCGCUGCUGAUGGACACGUGACCUGGGGACCAGAGAUUGCUGAGUGAGUCAUGCUGGGUAGUGCCACCCUGAAGCCUGGAGCCAGCAUCCACCCUCUGUGUACCACUGGUCCUUCGGUAGCCUUCGACUGCCCCCCAGUGGUCAGAGGCCAGAAGGACAGCAGUGGAUGCUGCCUGGGUCACUGCUCCAUCCAAACCCAAAGGCCAAGACUGCUCUUUCCUCCUGAUCUCUGCCUCCUGAGUAGCUAGGAUUAUAGGCAUGAGCCAUUGGUGCUUGGUUGCUUCUCUUAUUUCUUGUGACCUCAAUGUCUCUUCAUCCCUGAGUUUUUUGUCUUCUCCCUCAUCAGGUUCCUGUGUUCUGGUGCCAGCCUUGGGACCGGGCCCUGCUGCACUAAGUGCAGGCUGGGAAUGUAUAAUACACCGUGUUUGUCUGUGAGCCUAUGUGCAUUCCUGGUGAUCUUACGAGCCAGAGCCGCUGAGAUGGGUACCAUGCACUUGGUCUGCACUGUAUUGAAGCAGCUGGUGCUGCCCAGCUCGGUGUUCAACAUUCUUCAAAUUCUCAGGUGCAGGGGAGGCGGCAGCUUCCCACACGAAAGCCCGUCCCAAGGCAGCGAAGUGCUGGGAGCCUGCGGCGUGAGCUUCAGGAUCCCCAACUCCGAGUGCUCUUCGUAAGGGAACAGCUUCCGGGCGUGAGGGGACACCACUUCCCAGCUGAUCCUAGCUUGGCCUGGAACGGCAUGCUGGUCUCAGUGUUGGUGACAGGACAGGUGUGUCUCACCUGCUUUGCUGGGAUCACAGAUUGCCAGGCCCCACACAUGCCCAGAGUCAGCCUCUAGGGUGGGACCAGGAAUCUGUGGUGUUAAACAGGUGACAGUCCUCUGUGACCACCUCCUCCCACCAAGCCCAAGUCCUUGUCACUCUGCACCUGUCCACCUGCCAAUCGCACAUCUGCAGGGCUGCUGGGCCGGUGCCACUCCUCACGAAGGCCAGGAUGGCGCCUCAGUCAUGGUUUGCUACACGUCAGUAUUUAUAAAAAUGAAGUAGUGCAGACAGACGUGUGGAAGGCGCUAAUCCCACCACCAAAGUAAAAUGCUGCUAGUGGUGUGUUCUCGAAAUUUCCCCUAGCUGUGGUAACAGCCACCCAGCAUGGUGCCAGCAAUGAGACCGGCUGUGAAACACAGUAGGGCAGCGGGGCACAGGCCUCCCACUGCCUGCUCACCAGCGCUUGCCCUGUGUGGACUCCUGGCAUGUCGUGUGGGUUUGGGACUUCCUAGCUGUUCCCAGGCCUGUUCUUCCCCCAUUUCUACCUCUCUUGAGCCACAAAGGGACAGUUUGGUGGCCUGCAGGCCAGGGGCUCACCCAGCU